CGCGCCGCACAUCACGCAACGAUUGCGCAAGACACGACACAGCUCACGACCUCCAGCAUUAGCAUCAGAAAGGUACCUAAGUUACGUCGGUUUUAAAGUGUCUGAGACAGGCUGUGCCAUGGGCGGCUGCUGCGGCCGAAAAUGAUUAAUUUUGGCCCGCACUGACGUUAACCCUGACCCCCGAAUUUACCGAGUAAAUACCUAUUCGAGACCCAAUACGACACAUCUCGAAUGUAUUCGCCAUGGCUGAGAUCGCUGCCACUGCUCUUGACUCGUUGAGCCCCCGGGAUCAGUUUCAAGUACGCCGAACACUUUCCGGACUAUCGUUGAAGAGGAGGCAAACACAGGAGCGUAUCGAUGGCAUUCUAGAGACGGGUCGUCGACGAGCCGAAUCAUUCGAUGGUUCCCCUCGCUCCCCUGGUUCCGCGAGUGCGAGGAGACAGCCGCUGCUCCGCGCCGAGACCGUAGCCGGCCCAACGAUAUCAGACAAUGUCGAGGUCCGCGACGAGGAUCAUGACAACGAGGUUGUCGCGCGGCAGCCGGAGCCGCGACCUGGCCCGAACUACCAGACCAUGACGGGAUCGGACACGCAGCCGAGAGACUCGACCGUUCGCCGGAAACCUUCGAGCCAGCAGCAGCUACCAACUACGUACCAAACUAGAGGAAGAAACGGUGCCCCUAACGACCGCUCCGAUCAUUCAACUAGUCGGCGAGGAGAGGCUGAGAGUUGGUGGCGGAAGCCGCUGAAAUACGUUCAGUCGGUCGAGUUGGAAAACACGGGCAGCGUGGCGAGAGACCAUCUGGCGCUCGAACGGACAUUCCUGGCCUGGCUGCGGACGUCGCUGGCCUUUGCGUCGAUUGGGAUUGCCAUAACACAGCUGUUCCGCCUUAAUACUUCUCUAUCAAGCGACAGCGGCACGGACAAGACUCUGCGGCGGCUGGGGAAGCCCCUCGGCACGACGUUCCUGGCGAUCAGCAUCCUGAUAUUAUUCUUGGGCUAUAACCGAUACCUGCAGGCCCAGUAUUGGAUAAUGCGAGGCAAGUUCCCGGCAAGUCGAGGAACCAUAAUGCUGGUGUCAUUUGUGGCGUUUGCUGUCAUGGUCGUUUCGCUAUUGGUUGUAGUAGUCGUCCAUCCUUCCCCAGGGGAGGAUCGGAAAGCGUGAGACUGGCCGGCCAUCUUUAGAGGUGGAGACCAUAGGACCGAGAUGUUGGACAAAGAAAUGAAAACUAGGCAUUUCACUGUCAACGCUGCCAUAGCUUGGUGAGACACUUCUUGAAUAUACAUUUAAAUGAAAAGAGCCAUUUUUUGCCAACAUUUUGGGAGAUGGGUUGGUUGUGUAAACUUACCAAGAUACCACCGCAUGCAUAUAUAGAUGCCCACCAGUUUGGCAUCCAC